AUGUGUGGUCAACAUGGUGGAGAAAUCACUGAGUUGAAAGUAAUAGCAUCUGCAGCACGUUCUCAGCCCACCAUCAUCAAUGUCAAAGGGACCAACUUCGGGAAUCGACUGGUGACCUCAGGGAAACUCUACGAUGGCAAGGAUUUCAAUGUGAGGAUUGUCCCCGUUGUGUUUCAAGAUGCCGGAAUUUACACCUGUUUUCUGGAAUCAAUUCCAUUUCCCACCAUUGAUCUAAUCACAGUGAAAGUCACAGCUGAACCGUCUGAUGCAGUGACUGAGGGAGACAACGUUACCCUGACCUGCUCUGUGUCUCAUGACACUGGGUCAAUGAGACUGGUCUGGAUCAAUGGCGAUGGCAAACGUGUUGGAGAAAAGACACUGACUGAGGAAGAGAAAUCACUGAGUCUGGUUAUUCAGAAAGCUGGGAGAGGCAGAGGGAACUGGAGAUGUGUUUUGUUUGAUCAAGACCUGCCCCGGCUUUUUGUCCCAAACUAUCAGAAGGACAGUAGUAAGUGA